AUGUCCUCCUUUGGUGAUUUCAUCGCUUUGUCAGAGAAAUGUGACGAACUUACCGCAAAAAUCAUCAACAGGGAGGUAUCCGACGGUAUCGUCGCACCCAGCUACGAACCCGCGGCUUUGAGCCUGCUUGCCAAGAAGAAAAAUGGCAACUAUUGUGUGCUGAAGGUGAAUCCAAACUACGUUCCCACAGAGACUGAGGAGAGGAGCGUGUUCGGCUUAAAACUACGACAGAAGCGCAAUAAUGCUGUUAUUAACGCCACCACCUUCAUCAACGUCGUCGGAAAACACAACAACGUCAGUUUGAUGCCAUCGUUUUUAGUGGUCUCUGAAACGCAUGUUUGUUGA